AUGGACAGCGAUUUGGUGGCCCAGUUCGCCGAAAUCACUGGUGCGACGCCCGAGUUGGCGACACAGUACCUGCAGCUCGCCGAUUUCGACAUUGAACAGUCCAUGCAGCUGUUCUUCGAAAACGGUGGUGCACCAUUGACUGAAGAACCUACACAACCACCACGCCGCACUCGCUUCGAGAACGAAGCUGGCGUCGUUCAUAUCGACUCGGAUACCGAUGACGAGAACCCAUCUGCCCCCCGCCAGUCCGCCACACAUGCCGCGGGAGGAUCAACAUUUGAGGAUGACGCCGCCAUGGCCCGUCGCCUACAAGAGGAAAUGUAUGGGGGUGGUGUUGGUGCUGGUGCCGGUGGUAUCGGUGGAAAUGAUGAAGACGUGCGGGCGCCCAUGGCGCGUACGACCGAGACACUGGUAGGGCCUGGCCUUGAUUAUGACGACGAGGAGGAUAUGCACACCAACAUUCUGAGCCAACUGCGGGCUCGUCAACGAGGUGGCCCUGGUCGUCCGGGCAUCUUCAACCAGAGAAAUGCACCAUCAAUAUGGGCCGGCGAUUCAGCAGAGACACAUCAGGAACGCCUAUCGAGGGCUACAGGAGGCGCAUCGGAGGCAUCUUCCAAGUCAAAUAUGCUCGCGGAAAUGUACCGACCUCCAUUUGAGAUCAUGUCUCGAGUCCCUUGGGACGUGGCUCGAGAGGAGGGCCGGGAGAAUGAGAAGUGGCUCUUGGUCAAUGUACAAGACACUUCGAUCUUCGACUGUCAAGUUUUGAACCGUGAUCUCUGGAAGGACAAGACUGUCCAAGAAACUGUGAGGGAACAUUUCAUUUUCCUGCAGUUCUCAAAGGAUGACCCCAAAGCCGCGCCGUACCUUCAAUAUUACUUCCAAGCAAGCGACGUUUCCGACAACUACCCCCACAUUGCCAUUGUCGACCCUCGAACUGGCGAACAGAUGAAAGUGUGGUCCGGGCCACCAGUCAUCAAGUCUGCAGAGUUCCUGAUGCAACUCCAUGAGUUCUUGGACCGGUAUAGUCUGAACCAUAAUGUACGCAACCCCGUUGCGAAACGCAAGUCUGAGAAGAAAGAGAAGACUGUGGACGCAAUGACGGAAGAGGAAAUGAUGGAGAUGGCGAUCAAUAACAGUCUUGGGGGAGGCAUGGCAGCUGGACCGAAGCUGGAAGAUCCCGACGACUUGACUCGAAGUACCGAAGAUGUCAAGGGUAAGGGUCGGGCUACCGGUGUCCACGAUCACGCCAUGGAGGAGACAUACCCUGAUGUUGCCGAAGAAGUUGAAGUCUCCCCAUUCUCGUCCAUUCCCAGCAAUCGACCCCACGCUGAGCCCGCAGCCGACCCUACUACUACCACCCGCAUUCAGUUCCGCCAUCCCUCGGGUCGUGUGAUUCGCCGCUUUGCACUGUCAGACCCAGUCCAACGUAUCUACGAAUGGCUCAAGGCUGACCCGCCCCUGGAAGACAAGGCUGGUGUCGAAUUUGAGCUGAAUGCUAUGGGACAAAACCUCAUAGACAGCCUCACUACCAGUAUCCAGGAUGCGGGACUGAAGAAUGGAACGAUUAUGAUUGGCUAUCUGGAGGAUUGA